AUGAAGGGUUUGAAGAUAAUACUUGCCUGCCUGGUGCUGCUGAUGGUAACAGUUCUGAACACAAAGGGCAGGCAGCCAGUUCCACACAGGGUUGGAGGAGGAAUAUUUACUUGGAAACCAAAUGUUAACUUCACUGAUUGGGCAAUUCAUCAGCAGUUCUACGUGGGUGACUGGUUUUUUUGUGUAUAUUUUGGAUUCAACAAGCAGCUAUAUACAGUUGUACAAGUGAACAGGACAAGCUAUGACAAUUGCAUUGACGAAAACUUCAUCAACAACAUUACGAAGGAGGUAAGGAUGCGUUCAAUCUCAGAGGCAAAACAUUUUACUUCAUAA